AUGUCUGCCGAAAAGAAAACUCCUGGUAGCUGCCUUUGUGGCCAGGUUCGUUAUGAGCUUACCGGAUCAGCUCUAUUGGAUGCCAUCUGCCAUUGUCCAAACUGUCGCAAAUUCUCCGGUUCUCUUUUUGGAGCUGGUGGUUUCUAUAAACACUCCCAAAUUGCCUUUUUAUCCGGACAAGAUCAGCUGAAAAUCUACAAAGACCAGAACACCGAUUCUGGAAAUCUUCUGCAUCGAUCAUUCUGUUCGAAUUGUGGAUCUUAUAUCUCUAUCACUCGUGUUGUGAAUGGAGUUGAAGCUUUUGGGGCUAUUGUCAGCGCGGGGACUCUUGACUUGCCUAGUGGGGAAGAGUGGGUUCCCAGAAAGGAGAUUUACUGCAAGAACCGCACUUCAUGGUUGCCCACAUUUGAGGGUGUGGCGCAAGAGGAGACUAUGUAA